AUGAACGGCAUCAAUAAACCUCUUCAGCGAGACGUUCUUGGGUCAGUUGUUGUUCCACCCAGAAACGUACAUUUCCACUCUGUCAACCUGAGAAACAUUGUCAAGUGGCAUCCAGGCAAAGGAGCCAGUGAUGGGACUCUUUACUCAGUGGAGUAUGCGAUUUACGGUGAUGAGGAGGAGUCUGGCACAGGGAACGUGGUAUGGAGGGAAGUGAGGCACUGUAGGGAGAUUCCUCAAACACAGUGUGACGUUACAAAUGAAACCCACAUUCUGGAUGACCAGUACUACGCCAGGGUGAAAGCUGUUGACUCAGGCAUAUCCUCCAAAUGGACAGAGACAGAUAAAUUUGACCCACUGUUCCAUACAAUCUUUGGACCUCCCCGAGUGAAGGUGACAAUGGUAGAAAAUAACCUGCGUGUAAAAAUGAAGGGACCAAUGAGAUGGAAAAAUGCACACAUGAAAAGAGAACGUUCCCUGUGGAAAGUGUUUCCACACAUGAUCUACAACGUCUCCAUCUUCAGCAAUAAGAGCAAACAAACGUUCAAUCUCCUUGUCAAAAACGACACGUUCAUCUUCGGCUUUCUCGAAUAUGGUGUCGAGUAUUGUGUUUCGGUAAAGGCCUUUUCCCAGUCCAACCCUACAGCCAGUGUGGCAUCUGAAUGGAAAUGUGAAACAACCCCGUCAGGGCCUCCUCCAGACCAGAUGAUGCUAGCUCUGCUUGGAGGAAUUAUUCCCUUUGCUGUCUGUCUGUUUGGGCUUGUUCUUGCCGGCUGCCUUGUUUACCACUACCUCUCUGGAAAACAGAAUCUUCCUGAAAGCGCGAAAGUGGCACACGUCGUUGAACAACAGACGCUCUGCCCGGAGAAGCCUCCAACCAUCAUCAACCUCAACCUCAUCGUGACUAAUUUAACCACUGGGGAAACCAAACUGACAAACCUUCCCGCUCUUCCACAUCUGGUCAGCGAAGUGGAGCACCUAUUACCUUUAGCCGUCCAACUCAACAAUGUCAGAUCUGGUCCUCCCCCAGAACCUGGUCCACAGGAACCUCUACUCGGAGAAGAACCAGCACCAGUAGUGUCCUACGCCACUCAGAACCUGCCCGUGAAUGAUGUCAGCAACGCGACCUCACAGGACUGGCAGCCUGACCAUUCUCUGAGCGACGACUACGGACUUGUGAUUCGAGAACCAGCAGAAACGCCAAGCGGUGAGCUACUGAGCCAGAGCCUCAGGGUUCAGAUCCUCGAGCAAGAAGGAUCCAUGGGUGAAGAGCCUUCUGCAGUGGCCGAAGUCAACAGAUACAAAUCACAGAACACCGAAACAGCACAGGAGGAGAGUCUCUGUGAUGAGGAUGCAGAGGAAGACCAAGUGACGUUCGUGGACUGGAACCCUGAAACUGGGAUACUGAAUAUUCCCAUAUUGUCCCAGUUAUGUUCAGAGUUGAUUGUGGAAACAGUGAAUGAAGAUGAAAACACUCAGGGUGAAGUCGUGCCCAUUUUACCCAACGUACUAGUCAGACAGGUGUCUGAGGAGAGCUCUGAUCAGGACACUUUAACCAAGAUGGAAAACAUGUGGGGACUGCAGGUUAUGCAAGAUUAA